CGCGACCUGCGUUGGACAGGCGCGCUUCGUGCCCAUGUAGGCACGAGUGACACGCGUCGCAGCUCAGUGACAGUCACGUGACAGUCGUGCGACGGUUGGCAGCGAAUACUUGAGCGGGCCGUUUGGUCUUCGAUUUGCGGCGGCGGCACCUUCGUCUCGUUUCUCGCACCUGGCGGGGUUAUCGAUGAAUCUCCUUGAACAAAGGAGGGUGCUGCGCCGCGCCGAUGGAUGACGUCAGCGCGGCAUGGAGUGAGAUCCAUACAUUCGGCGUUGUUUGUGCUUGAAAGUGCGGUCUGAAACUUACUUCUAACUUACUGGCUUCCUUGUGGUGCCAAGCAACUACGACACUUAUUAGGUGCCGAGGAGGACUGAAUGCGCGUUGCGUCGUGCGGUGGGCGUGCUGGACCAACGUGUAGAAGUGAUGCGUGCCGACCGUGAUCAGCACCUACAUGUGAACGCUGCAGCUGCUGUGGCAGAGAAAAGCUGUCGCUUACGGACAUCUCUGCGCUGACUUGUUUGGUGCGACCUUACAGUUCGAGUACCAAGAAACAAACUUUAAACUGUUGUAUAUUCGCAGAUAUCGUGAAAAGCCGCAGUAGCUUCCAAAGAACACUGUACUGGUUUGGAAAAGUACCUGAAGGAGGCACGGCGCAAGUGCGUCGUUGCAAGUCAGUAUUGCUUUCUUUUCCACUUUUAAGCAUCGUAACCUACAACAGCACUCGCAAGAAUUUGUGCAAGUUAGAGUUGACAGUUAAGGACCAUGAGCAAGUUGCGUCAUCCCAAGGGCCUGCCAUCCGAGGACGAGGACAGCGGUCGAGGCUCCGUGGACAGUAGCCUCAUAUGCCGCGAUUCUCCCGAGCCGAGUGACGACGUCCGAGAAGGAUGGCUCCGCGACAUCGCUUCGUCCAGCUUGCCCGACGAAGAACAACCGUGGCUGGAGGGCCCGUCGCCGGACUACGAGAAUGUCGCGUCGCCCGGAGGAAGCAGCACGGCUUCGGGACCGGUCUACGUGCGGACGCCAGGGUUUGAGCAGCACGGACACUCGGUGACUACUGUGGCCGCUGCUGGCGCGGUUCCUCGACCGGUAGUGUCUGAGAAGAAAGCGGUUGGCAAAGGCGGGAGCAAGUCGACCGCGCUCCGCAAGGGCAGCGUCAUCAGCGUCAACGACGUGAGCGCGCUGAAUGAGGGACGCUCCGUCUCAACGCGGGUCAGGGCGAAACCUAAGAAAGAGCCACUGCCGAUGAAACUUCGCGCACUGCCGCAGUCGUUUUGGCAGCAGCCGGACGAGACGAGCGGAGUGUCGCCAGGCAUCGUGAUGCCCGUCCUGCCGCCGCUCUUCAAGCACGACACGCAGGAAGACCUCACAGCGGUUCGCCCCCUGACUCCUCCCGAGGGGUCCGGAGAGCGUAGGCCCCGGUCUCCAGAGCGAGUGGUCCGAGUCAAGAACACCGAGCUUCUCAUGCGGCUCUUCGACGAGGUGGACCCGGAGAGGAGACCCAUGGCGCCCGUCGUCAAGAGGGGAAGGCCGAAGAAGCCACCGCCAGCUGCGAUGAGCCGCUCCUUGCGCGGCGAUGACCCUUGCAUGGUGAACGCGGCCACCGAGGCGCUGUUUCCGCUGCUGCCGUUCGGGGGACGAGGUGGUGGUCAGCGCGGACAGCCGGGAAACUCCAUGGCGGCCGCUCUGGCCGCGCAGCACCAGCAGCAUCCACCCACCGUCACCAUGGUAACGCUCAAGGACGGCGACAAGACGGUGUCCCUACCGUCGCUCACCGUCGACCACAACUACCCCCAGGUGCUGUCCGAGCUAGUGAUGAGGCUGUGAUGCAAGCUGUGAAAUGGGCAUCC